GGAGGCUCGUGAUGGCCCCGGGCUCGCUGGUGGCGGCCUGCCGCAGCCUGGCCCUCUCUACGUGGCUGCUCUCCUUCUGCUUCGUCCACCUGCUGUGCCUGGACUUCACCGUGGCCGAGCGGGAGGAGUGGUACACCGCCUUCGUCAACAUCACCUACGUGGACCCGGCCACCUCGGAGCUGCGCACCGAGAAGACGGAGUGCGGGCGAUAUGGCGAGCACUCUCCGAAGCGGGACGCCAAGGGGGUUUUGGUCCUACCCGCAGCACCGCUCGACCGCCAGGCCUGCGACCCCAACACCCGCUUUGCGGUGCCCGCUCAGGCCGGGGCCUGGGUGGCGCUGAUAGCCCGGGGCAACUGCACCUACAAGGACAAGAUCCGCCACGCUGCAGCCCACAACGCCUCUGCGGUGGUCAUCUUUAAUGUGGGCUCCACCAACACUAACGACACCAUCACCAUGCUAGGUGCAAGCGAGGUCGUCGCCAUCAUGAUCCCGGAGCCAAAAGGCCGCGAGAUCGUAUCGCUGUUGGAACGAAAUGUGACGGUCACCAUGACGAUCACCAUCGGGACGAGGAACCUGCAGAAGUACGUGAGCAGGACGUCGGUGGUGUUCGUAUCGAUCUCCUUCAUCGUGGUGAUGAUCAUCUCCCUCGCCUGGCUCGUCUUCUGCUGCAUCAAGAGGUUCAGAUACGCCAACGCGUGAGACCGGAACCAGGUGCGAACACGGGUCUGCGUCUCCUGCUGUUCUGCUUAGUUUAUGAAGACAAUGAAGAUGAUGAUAAUGUGAGACACUUACUGACAUGUACAGAUGGAUUUUCUAAGUAUGCAUGGGUCAGGUGUCUUCAAACCAAGGAAGGAGCAUCUGUCGCAUCUGCUUUUCUCUUCUGAGUGAGGGCCGUGUACCUGUUAAACUUCAAACAGAUGAAGGCGAGGAGUUUAAUAAUAAACAUUUCCAUCAGGUGAUGGUCCGGUUUAAUAUCACAAUUUUAUGGAUUUAAAAGAAUUGUAAGUGAAUAAAAAAGAUGUAAGUGUGAAAACUUGUUUGUAAAACAGUUUUAUUCUAUAUUUACAUUUUCAUUUCAUCUUUUUUCAGUAUCAAUUUUUUUCACUUUCAAUACAAACCUGCUUAUAAAAGUCACAUUAUUACAAUAAUAUGUCAUUAAAAUCUGUAUAUUGAUUUAAUUUUGCUGUCAGACAGUUUAGUGAGUAGUAGCAAGGGUUGUGUGUGUUUAUUGUUUGUUACUGCCUGGAGUAAUCAAAGUACAGUUUGACUUUUCGUGCUGUAGCCUACAAAGAGCACCAUGUUGGGGUGUCACCUCUGAAUGAGCUGGUGUGGAGUUAGUCUCAGGUUUUGUGCUGGACUAUAUGCACCUUGUGUGUCUGGGGGUAACGCGCAACCUUAUUAAUCUUUGGGUAAAAGGACCCUGAACAUGCAGACAGUCUAUGCAAAUAACUGUGAUUUCAGCAUUCAUGCUUUCUUUCAGGCAAUGUUUACAAGGAAACCAAGGUCUCUCCUUGUAAUUAGCACGUGGAAAGCAACUGAAUUAAGACAAUGUUUGUUUUUACACAGGUCCUGUUGUUUUACUUAGUAAUGUACCAAGCCAAAUGUAUAGACACUUUAUACUUGUAUCUAUAUCUAAGUCUUGAUUUGUGUAAUGUAGAGGGAAAUUCUUAUUGUGACAAACAUUUUACAGGAUUGCCAAGUUGUCAAAGCACCGUGUCAGGUCUUUGAAAACUGUAAUUCAGCUUCCCGCUGGACUCAACGUGCCUUGGAACUUACUUUGUUUCAAUUCUGUCUAAACACACACAUACUACUUGACUUCUUUUUGCUUUCCCCCAGCAUGCUAUGAUUUGCAGUUGUUGAUUUUCUGGAUGGUGGAGGUGGAUCCAAAAUUAUUUGCAAUUGGUUUACAGGACUGGUGGAAGACUCUUGUUUCUGGCCAUCAGGGAGAGUCAGUAUCUAAGGCUGUGAAGGAUGGAGCUGCUCUAGAUACUGCACAACCACAACUACAGAAAAUUACAUUUCACUUGUGGCCUUAUGGAUAUUUUAGGAUUGUCUCUUAAGAAAAUGAUCAAGGUGUCAAAAUAAAUCUAUACUGUGGUUGUUAGGGUGAUUCUGAUAAAAGUUGUCAUUGUUGUGCUUUAAUUUGUGGACCUUGUUUUAAACUGAAUGAUCAAAGACAUUCUUUUGCCUGUUGAGUGGUGGGGAGGCUAUAGUGUUUACCUGCAGGCAUGUAAGGUUCUGGUAUCCUUAUAGUAAGGAAUGUUUACCUAACUUACUUACUCGCACAUGCAUAUAUACACACACAAACAGUGCUUUUAACAUUUUGAACACAUGUCAUGUGUUCAGGGCAGCACUAUAGUUUCUAAGGCUGAGCUGCAGAUGAACCUGUAACUUAUUUCCUGAUCGACAGUUUCAGAUUUGAUCUGAAGUCGUUCUUAAUGGACUGUUUUUGUUUUUAAAUGCAGAGAAAUUAGUGACGACCACAGCAAUGUGAUCAUGAUCAUGACCUACACUGUCUCAUUCUGGGAGAGUCAAUAUUUUAUCUUCUGAGUCUCAUCAUCAUCUUUGUGUUUCAAACUUCAUCUGUUUGCUUUUUACUUUCACUUAAUCCUUGAUUUCAGGCACUUAAUGAAAACAGGCUGGCAAAGCAUAUGUGCUCAAAAUAAAUAAUUAUGAAA